UACAGGAAAUGAAAAGGAAAAAGGCCCAAAUUCGAUACAAACAGAAAUGUACAGCUCUGAUAACAACGCUAGUGAAAUUGUUCACUUUCAAAUGGAGGACUAAUGUUGACUCUCGGAAUCCAUGGAGACCCAUGAAGAAACGCCAAUAAUCUACACAAUGGAAAACAAGCCGAUUGUGACAUGUGCUGGCGACCAGAGCCUGUUCACUUCCCUCUACACCUCUCUGGCACAGCAGUUACCCAAGGAGCCCAUGGAGUGGAGGAGGUCCUACGGACGCGCACCAAAGAUGAUUCACCUCGAGGCCAACUUUGUUCAGUUCAAAGAGGAGCUGCUUCCUAAGGACGGAAAUAGAGCCUUGCUCACCUUCCCCUUCCUGCACAUAUACUGGACAGACUGUUGUGACACAGAGAUGUACAAGGCGUCGGUGAAGGAUGACAUGCUGCGGUGGCAGAGCACCCUGCGGCUGCACGGCUCGGUGGACUGGCUCAUCGUGGUGGUGGAGAGCGAAGCCAAGAAGAAGAACAAGACCAACAUCCUGCCGCGCACCUCCAUCGUAGACAAGAUCCGCAACGACUUCUGCAACAAGCAGAGCGACAGGUGUGUGGUUCUGUCUGACCCUCUGAAGGAGUCGUCUCGGUCCCAGGAUUCGUGGAGCUCCUUCCUGACCAAGCUGCGCACCCUGCUGCUCAUGUCCUUCACCAAGAACCUGGGCCGCUUCGAGGAUGACAUGCGCACGCUCCGCGAGAAACGCACCGAGCCCGGCUGGAGCUUCUGCGACUACUUCAUGGUGCAGGAGGAGUUGGCCUUUGUGUUUGAGAUGCUGCAGCAGUUUGAGGAUGCUCUGGUCCAGUAUGACGAGCUGGACGCUCUCUUCACUCAGUAUGUCCUCAAUUUUGGGGCUGGAGACGGGGCCAACUGGCUGGGCUCGUUCUGUGCCCCGGUGAAGCGCUGGAGCGGGCUGCUUCUGCGGCGGCCCAUCGACAUGGAGAAGCGCGAGCUGAUCCAGCGCGGCGAGGCCAGCCUGCUGGACCUGCGCAGCUACCUCUUCUCCCGCCAGUGCACCCUGCUCGUCUUCCUCCAGAGGCCCUGGGAGGUCACCCAACGAGCCCUGGAGCUGCUGCACAAUUGUGUCCAGGAGCUGCGCCUGCUCGAGGUGUCUGUGGUCCAGGGGGCGUUAGACUGCUGGGUGUUCCUCAGCUGUCUGGAAGUGCUGCACAGGAUCGAGGGCUGCUGCGACCGCGCCCAGCUAGAGGCCAACUGCUCCCACACUGUCGGCCUGUGGACCUACGCCACAGAGAAGCUAAAGUCUCUGGGCUACCUGUGUGGCCUGGUGGCCGAGAAGGGCCCCACCUCUGAGGACCUAAACCGCACCGUAGACCUUCUGGCUGGCCUGGGGGAAGAGAGACCAGAGACGGUCAACAGCCUGCAGAGCCCUUACAAAAAACUCAAUGAGGCCUUAUCGUCUGUGGAGGCAUUUGAAAAACACUAUCUGGAGCUGUCUCAUGCUGCAAUGGAGAUGUACAGAGCCAUAGGCAGGAUGCGCUCAUCCCGGCUCAUUGGAAAGAGUCUAGCUGAGUUUUACAUGAAGAAAGGUGACCCGGAGAGAGCAGAGGGCUUCCUUGAUGACUCUCUGAGGUCCUACGUGGCAGAGGGGUGGAGCCUGCAGGUGACUCAUACCAGGAAGCAGAUGGCCGAGUGUCAGAAGCUCUUGCAGCAGACUGAAGACUACCUGCAGACCAGUGCCUUGCUGGCGGGUGACGCCAACCUGACAGAGGAGGAGAGGAAGCACUUCUACCAGGUGAUCCUUACCUUCGCCAGCCAGCCUCCGGCACCCUCAGACCAGACUGUGGCUCUGAGCAUGGCGGCAUUCGCCCAGCUGCGCCAGAUGCAGUUCAGCCCGCCUGGCGCCGUGGUGCACGUGGGUGCCGCCCUGCAGCUGGAGCUGCGCGUGCGCUGCCUGAUGCCUGUGGCCGUGCAGGUGGAGCAGCUGGCUGCCACUCUCCACUUCAGCCUGGAGCAGGGCGGGGCGAGGGGCCGGGCGGGCUGCACCCAGAGGAGGACAGGCCAGGGACCACAAGGCCAGGGGGACGGGGUGGUCCUGUUCCCCCAGGGAAGCCCCCUAGCUGGGGCCGGGAUGGGCGCUUCGCUACCCCCCGCACUGGAGCUUUAUGAAAUGCAGGACCGCAGCCCGUCGGACAGCUCGCUCAACUCCACGGGGGUGGUGUGUAAGAACAUGCACCUGCUGCUGCGGCGCCACGACAGCUCAGCCUCCCUAGACACGCCCACCGCCGGGGCCCUCCCGGCAGCGGUUGCCGUGGACGACGGGGCCCAGAUGCUGAGGGCACGCGACAUAACGCUACAGCCCGGCGACAACAGCAUCUUAUUCACGGCCCCUACUGGAGAGCCAGGCUCGUACACGUUACGUCAGCUGUGCGGGAGUGUGGGGAGAGUCCAGUUUGUCCAGUCUCACAUCUACCCUGUGGUGCAGUACGAGGUCUACUCCCAGGAGCCUCAGCUCACCAUCGAGCCCCUCUCAGACAACCUGUUGGCAGGCAUUCCCCAGAAGGUGAAGUUCACCAUAGCAACAGGCCACUACAGUGUGAAGAAGGGUGACGCGCUGCAGCUUAGCAAUACAGACUCUAUGCCUAUCCUCCACUCUAGCUGCUGCUCUGCUACCAUCCUGUCCAGCACGGGAGAGCUCGUGGGGGAGCGUGCUCUUUCUGUUCAGUCAUCGGAGAAGGUGACCAGCAUUUCCCUGCCCCCAACCCCUCCCUACCACACCCUGGAGUUCCAGCUGGAGGUGCUGUGCCACAUCCCCCCCACGCCCUUCAAGCCUGACAUCGAGCGUCUCACCAAUGGCGAGGUUCGCCACCGGCCCAAGAGCCACAGUCAGGCAGACAGUGGCAUGAUCCACAUCGACCAGAAGGUCUCCAUCGACUGUCCUUGGUCCAUCUACUCCACGCUCAUAUCCCUCACCUUCUAUGUCCCUUUCAAAGCCAAGCACUCAAUACUCUCUGCUGGGAAAAGGAAGUAUAUACAGGUGUGUCUCCAGAACGUGUCCGACACAAACUUCCACCUGGCGGACCCGGUCCUCACAGAGCGCCAGCCCACAAUCCCGGUGGAGCUGCUCUCAUUCAAUGCUAAAACACAACAGACGGUGUGCAGUCAGCAGUCAGUCUUCUGCCUGUGGGAGAUGCGUUGGGUCAAACACCUCCCGCUGUGCCUGCAGUGUGCAUUCUCCGCCAGCUUCGCGCCCGUCUCCGCCUCUGACGCACACACAGCCUUCAAACCCUACCGCUACGAGUUCCAGCUGGACCGGGUCUCUACCCUUUACAGCUUGAAGGCCGAGAUCUUGCCGUCGUCUGGUGACCAGCACUGUCGCACCGGCGCCCUCUGUGGCCUCGAGGUAUCCAUCACACGGCAGGCAGAGCCCAGCGAGACUGAAGGGGAGGAGGAGGAGUCUACAGAAAUAGAGGGCCUGAGGACCACCAAGCUCAUGUAUGAAGGUAGGACACGGGAAGGUGUGUGUGUGUCCGUCCAUGUCCGUCCAUUUACCCAUCUACCCUGGUGUGUGUUGUCUGCAGUGGUGGACAACAGCAGUAACUGGGCGGUGUGUGGCAAGAGCUCGGGGGUGGUGUCCAUGCCCGUGGCUGCCAGCGCCACACACAGGGUUCAGAUGGAGGUCAUGCCCCUGUUCGCUGGGCACCUGCCCUUCCCCAACAUCAAAGUGUUCAAGUACCUGCCCCACAGUGCCGUCCCAGCCAUUCAGCCGGACACAGACAGCUGCUUAGAGAACGACACCAUGUCCCUGCUGGACAAAGGUCUGGACGACCAGGGCGACACGGCCAGCAUCCGUAGCCGGGGCAGCAUCCACUCGGUGGGCAGCGGGGAGCAGCAGAGGGGUCUGCCCAUGCCCCGGCUGGAGCCCUUCAGUCCGGGACAGGUGUUCUAUUGGAGCCAGGGGCGGCAGGUGCUGGUGCUGCCUGUUACUGACGACCACGUGAUGGAGGUUAACGUCACAUGACCCCUGUGGGCCGCUGCCCCCGCCCCCCGCUGUGCCCCCACCACGCCUGGACCUCUGUGGUUUGGUUCCUGGCUGUGGUUCUGGAACCGGGACGUGGCAUGGCGGCAGGGAACUGACACUGGCUCUCCUCUCAGGACUCAUUGCUGGGCGACCACUGGCCCUGCUCCUGUUCUGGCCUGAGUUCCAUCUGCUCUAUUUUUAACUUGUCUGUCUUUUUCAGUAUUCACUGAAUUCUCAUAUGAAAAUAACCCUCUCUCCCCCCACUGUCAGAGAAGAGGGUUUGGUGUACCUGUAAUACUGGCUCUCUUAUUGGUUCUUACCCCCCGCACCUGUGACUGGCUUGCUGGUUCCACUGAUCGUCAACACAACCUUCUGUAUGAGGCACACAUGGACACACUGUGUUUGGACAGGGGUGCUUCGGUUUGUGGUUGUUUGUAUUGGUUGGUGUGUGUCUCUGUCUAUGCAUGACAUGGCAAGUUGUGAUAGAUGAAGGGAAAGAGCGGGGCCAGUUAAUUUGUGUGUGUGUGUGAGCAAUAUCAUCUUCAUAUUUCCUCCUCACUCACUUUCAGCCCCUUGCCCCCCAAACCCUGCUGAAUCCUCUAUCCUUUGCUGUAGUCAUAGCGCCACACUGGCCACUGUACAAACUGUUCAAUAUGUACAUAUUAUUCCAGAGGAAUCACUGUACUGACUGACUGUGUGCAAAGGCUGCACCAAAAACAAAUUGUCUCGAAGGAAUAGGUUAGAGGUAAAAUAAACUAUUUUUGUUUUCGAGCAGGUGCAAGACGCACUUAAUCUGAGUACUAACGAACACAUGCUUUUGGCUCUGGAAGAGGACCUAUUUUUGCCUUGUUUUUUUGUUGUUCAGGUUUUAAGGUUCACUGAAAUUCACUUAUUCAAGUAUUGGUGAAAUCUGAGAACAAUGGGAUGAAAUUGAACUUGGACUUUUUUUCUGAAAGUGACCGUCUGUUUUGAAGUGUUACCAUCAUGUGUUCUGUAUGACUUUGUGGUUUACUUGAAUGCUGAGCAGGUAAAUUCUAUGUUUAGUAAAUGUGGUGUCUGACCUUUUUUUCCUUUUUUUUUCUCAGACAUUCGCUGUUGCUACGGUAACUGUGUCAGGGAGAGCACUUUCUUAUCAUAGCACAAUUCUUUUAACAAAAACAACAAUUUAGAAGGAGGGGAAAUUCGCUUGUAUAAAUGCGAUUGACGUUCGUUUAUUGACCUAUUUUUGUACUGUGUCGCCGGUCAAAUUCUGUUGUUUGCUCUGUGUCUGUCGGUGUGGUUGGUUGGUAUCUACUGGAGGCCGAUGAGGGCUUUGGGCCUGAGGCCUUAGCACAUCCCCUCAGCUAUACUCCUGGCCUGUAUUCCUCGACCUCUGGGCUUGUAUCUAGCAUAAUCCCACAAACAGAAAGUAGUGUUCACCACCAGGACGAAAGGCAGAAGGAUUGUUCCCUCUAUCUGGCCAUCUUAAUGAAAGAGAACCCCCUCCCACUCAGAAUCCACAUACAGAACGUACUUGCCCCGAUCCUACAGCAACAUAACAUGGGCCUGUCUUUCCAUGUGUCCUCGGUGUGUACGAGGGUGUUUAACUGGUCAGGAAAACUAUGAUAUAUGAAGACUAUGAUAUAUCAGUGCUCGUCUAUGUACUCAUUUUAUUUUAUGCCCAGCUGUAUUUAUUGUCUUUUUUAUAUAUUAUUUAACGGCAAAUAGCUGGAAGGGAUGGAAUCAGUCACUCAGAAAAAUAAAUAAUGCCAUUGGGAAUUGUCUGGUGAUCUUUUUUUUUUUCAAGUCAUUGGUCACUGAAAUCAGAUUUAAAAAAUUGUAUGUAAAUGAUUCCAUAGAAGUUCAGCACCACUGAUUGUUUUCAGAUUAAUUAUUGAAACUAAUCAUAUGUAUGCAUUAUACAGUUGAAAUUAAAUAUACCUAUGUUUUAAUGUGA